AUGAGAGAGGGCCGUGCUUUCCAGAUGCCAUGGUGCCGUGGAGGUGGAGCUUUUGCCGAGUCCCAACUAUCAAAGGGGCCCAGGGCACGCAUAGGUGUCUUAGCGCGCUUUCAAUUUUGUAGUUUACAAUUUAUUUUCCAAAUCGCAUGUGCAAAACUCACCACAUGUUGUGCAGAGAUUUGUUUGGGCUCACAAGCAACAUGCAGGAAACUGCUGACUUUCGCGCAAUCGGCACUGACUCAAAAAAUCGUCAAGCCACAGGCAACCUCCUUUGCAGCGAGGAUUCCUUCGGUAAGCUUCUCCCACCGCUGA